AUGCCACCGAACACUACUGAUGGCACGACGCAUAUUCCCGCCAAGGACUUUAAGAACUCGGAAGCCGCAGAUGCUGCUCAGGCCGGCCCCAAGCAGGAGAUGAAGGUCGCGCUUUUUGACGAGGAAAAACUCCUCUCAACUGCCGACAAGACCGCUGCGAAAGAGCUUACAAACCUUGUCAAAAUCGAGGGUCCUUUUGCCUUGCGCAAUCUCGGUAUUGAGAAUGUGAUCAAGAAGGGUCUCAAUGACAAGAAGAAUGCUGCUGGCCGUGAGGGUGCUUGUCUCCUCAUCACCACGCUCUUUGAUGAGGGUGUUGGCCAUGAGGUCGAGCCCUUUAUCAUGGAGAGCCUACUUGAGACCAUUGUUGAGGCAAUGGGCGACAAAGAGAAGACCGUCCGCCAGUUGGCCGAGGACGCGCUGCUCCUCAUUGUCCGCAACAUGUCUUCCUGGGCCAUUCCUCAAGUGCUCGACAUCUUUUUGAACCAGAUGCGCACUGCUGGCAAGUGGCAAGUCAAGACUGGCUGCAUUCGCCUCCUUGAGGAGCUAACCCAGCUUCAUGCUGCUAUGAUUGCCGCUGAGAUGACCAAGAUUAUCCCCGUCAUGGCCGAAGUCAUUUGGGACACCAAGACGGAUGUGCAAAAAGCGUCACGGUCCGCACUUGAGAAGCUUACUGCGCUUGUGUCGAACAAGGAUAUUGAGCGCUUUAUCCCUGCGCUUAUCCAGUCGCUUAUCCACCCCGUCGAGGAGGUCCCCAAGACUAUCCAGCUCCUCUCUGCCACCACGUUUGUGCAGGAGGUCGACUCGCCCACUCUUGCGCUUAUGACUCCCCUUCUCUCCCGUGGUCUUUCGGAGCGUCCGACUGCAACCAAGCGUAAGGUUGCUGUCAUUAUCGACAACAUGUCCAAGCUUGUCGACAAUGAGCGUACUGUGCGUCCCUUUUUGCCCAAGCUCUUGCCCGGUCUGAUCAAGAUCGAGACCACCAUGUCCGACCCUGAGGCACGUAGCGUUAUCCAGCGCGCCAUUGCGACCCUGCGCCAGGUCGGAAAUGUUACCGGCGACGGCUCCGACGCGCCGCCUUUGCUUGACGUUGACCUCGCCAAGACCACCGAGCUUGUCAAGAAGCAGCUCGAGGAGAACAAGCUUAGCGGCCCCGACACGCUUGUUUCCUACAUUUCGCAGCUCGUCACCAACCUUGCGAAUGCGCGUGAGUUUGAGUCUAUCGAGUGGGAGAGCACUCUUGUGCGCUACCUGAGCCUCUUGCGCCCAUCUGACGUCGAGGCUUCGCGCAAGAUCACCUCUAGUUUGCUCCAGCUUCUUGCCAAGAGCACCGGUGAGGUGGUUGAGGUGUUUGAGGACGAAGAGGAGGGUGUGGAUCUCUGCAACUGUCAGUUUUCCCUUGCCUACGGUGCCAAGAUUUUGCUCAACACUGCGACGCUUCGUCUGAAGCGUGGCCACCGCUACGGCCUCUGUGGGCGCAACGGUUCCGGUAAGUCGACGUUGAUGCGUGCCAUUCAAAACGGGCAGGUCGAGGGCUUCCCCUCCCCUGACCAGGUCCGUACCUGGUACGUUGAGCACGACUUGGACGGCUCUGAAGGUGAAAUCUCUAUCAUCGACUUUAUCCUUUCCGACGACCGCCUCAAUGUCGAACGCGAAGAGGCGUCCAAGACCCUUCUCGAGAUGGGCUUUGACGAGGAGCGCCAGGCCGGCCCUAUUACUGCCCUUUCGGGUGGCUGGAAAAUGAAGCUCGCCCUUGCCCGUGCCGUCCUCUUCAAAGCGGACAUUCUUCUGCUCGACGAGCCGACGAACCACUUGGAUGUAAUCAAUGUCAAGUGGAUCACUGACUACCUGAACAGCCUCACCGAGACCACCUCGAUCAUUGUCUCGCACGACUCGAACUUCUUGAACAAUGUCUGCACCGACAUUCUCCAUCUCAACCGAUUCAAGAUCAAGCGGUACCCCGGCAACCUCGACGCUUUUGUCAAGCGUGUGCCCGAGGCGCGUGCCUAUGUCGAGCUUGCCUCUGGCGAAGACUACUCGUUCAAGCUUCCCGACCCGCCGCUGCUGGAUGGUGUGAAGACCAAAGAGAAGUCGCUGGUGAAGAUGAAAAAUGUCGUCUACCAGUACCCCAACACCCCGCGUCCUCAGCUCCGUGGUGUCACGAUGCAGCUCUCGCUCUCUUCGCGUGUCGCUGUGCUUGGCCCCAACGGCUCUGGUAAGUCCACGCUGGUCAAGCUGGUUGUCGGUGACACGGAGCCGGCAGAGGGUGACGUCUGGAAGCACCCCAAUCUGGUCAUUGGCUACGUUGCCCAGCACGCGUUCCACCACAUUGACCAGCACCUUGACAAAACUCCCCUCGAGUACAUGCUCUGGCGUUACCAGACGGGUGAGGACUUGGAGGAGCACAUGAAGGCCAGCCGCCAGCUCAGCGAGGAGGAGGAGAAGGCGAUGAAGAACGGCGCUAUUUUCGAGCACGAGGGUGUCAAGCGCAUCAUUGACGACAUUGUCGGCCGCAAGAAGCUCAAGAACUCGUUCCAGUACGAGGUCUCGUUCAAGAACAUGAGCUCUGCGGAAAACUUUUGGCUUAGCCGUGACGAGCUUAUUCGCCGUGGCUUUGAGAAAAAGGUCAUGCAGGUCGACUCGCGCGAGGCGCAAAAGGCUGGUAUGCUUCGCCCACUUGUGCGUCGCGAGAUUGAGAAGCACUUUGAGGACUUUGGUCUUGAGCGCGAGUUUACCUCGCACAACACCAUGCGUGGUCUCUCGGGUGGUCAAAAGGUCAAGGUGGUGCUUGGCGCUGCCACAUGGCGUAUGCCGCACAUUAUCGUGCUCGACGAGCCGACCAACUUUUUGGACCGCGAGUCCCUUGCCGCGCUGAUCAAUGCUAUCCAGACGUUCGAGGGCGGUGUUGCGAUUAUUACCCACUCCCAGGAGUUCUCUGAGGGCACCUGCAAGGAGAUCUGGAGGAUGCAGGACGGUUCGCUGCACGCCUCGGGCCACAACUGGGUCGAGGGCCAGGGCUCUGGCGAGCGUAUCGACAAGAAGAAGACUGAAGAGGAAGAGACCAAGUUCGACGCGCUCGGCAACAAGAUCGUCGAGGAGAAGAAGAAGAAGAAACUCACCUCCUCUGAUGCACGCAAGGCCAAGAAGGACCGCAUUGCGCGCCGCAAGCGUGGUGAGGAGGUCUUCACCGACGACGAGUUGUAA